AUGUCGUAUGGGCCACAGCUUCCUGCUUCAUUCCAAAAGCCUGUAUUACAAGAGGAGGAAGAAGAAGAAGAUGACACUCCAACAGUUUAUGGUCCACAAAUUCCAACCGCACGAAAUCCAACAGAUGAAGUGAGAAAUAUUUUUCUAAAUUUCAUAAAUGAAAGUCAAAAUUUACAGGCGAAAAUUCCUGAAGCGAAUUCAAAGUCUCCAGCAGUUAUUGAUGAAGAAGAAGACGAAGAUGAUUCGACAAGUAUGUAUGGUCCAAGUAUUCCAACAAAUUUUCUUCCAAAAACUGCCGAAGGACCGGAAUUGCCACCAAGUUUUUCAGAUGAUGAAGAUUUUGUGAGUUUCAAUCUAUCUAACAUUGUGACUUCUAAAAUUAUAGGGACCCAAACCGAUUUCAAAAGGUGAUGAAGAAAGGGAAGAAGUGUUGAGAAUGUAUCGAUUGGCAGAACAAAAAGAAGCAGAAGAAAAUGCGAAGGUAUUUUUCAAAAUUAAAUAUUUUAAUCAAAAAAUCAUUUAUACAGAACAACGAGUCGAAACGAGAAGAAUGGAUGACACAAAUGCCAAAAUCACUUGGAAAUUUUGGUUUGGGAGCAAGAACCUUCAAAACUGGGACAGCAGUCGACAGAGAUGAUUCAUGGGAAGAUGCUCCAGGAGCAAAAAAGAAACGAAAGACUGAAGAACCAAAAGUUGCUGCUGGAAUUGCAGAAGCGGAUGCAAGAAAAGCAGCAAUUGUAGCAGAAAAAGCAGCGGGACCAAGUUUAUUAGAAAUACAUAAGAAAAAACGAAAUGAUGAUGCAGAGAGUCGGGUAAUUUAAAAUUAAAUUUAGUUAAGAUUUAUGUUUAUUUUUUCAGGGAUUGUCCGAAGGUGAACGUCGACCAUUUGAUCGUGAAAAAGAUAUGGAAGUUCGGGGUUUGAAACCUGGAGCGAGUAAAGAAACUGUAGAUCGAAUGAAAGAAUUUGCGUCGCGUUUUGCCCCAAGUAAAAAUCAACGAUUUUUAUAA